AGAUUUUGUUGAGCACAUUUUUAUAAAAUGUAAGUAUUUUUUACACUAUUCGAGGAUAAAACCACCAUGAUUCCUGUACUUAAUGAAUUAAUUUUAAUGAAUCAUUUUCUUGUACAACCUUCGUCAUUUUGACCAAACUGACUCACACAAAAUAAACUCGGAAAAGUACUGCUUUUCCCAACAUCUGCGGAAAUCCUUUAAUAGCGCCGCUGUAACUGAACAUCUGCUGCACUUCGUCGACCUCUGUACGUGACCGGAAGCCGGUAGCCAACAAGUGAGUGGGUGACGAGACUCAUUUAGUACCCCUGUGACUCAUCCGACGUCACGGCAUUGUGGGCCGGCUCUCGGCGUUAAGUAAGAUUUUAAUACUGAAAUGAAACGGAGGAAGACAGCAGCAGAAAAGUAACCUCUCAAAGAGCAAAACAUCUAUAUCUGCUUUUUAUUUUUUGUUUGGUUUCGUGAGUCCCGUUGGCUGAUCUUUCAGGAAAAAUGGACUCAAAGGCCGAAGGAAGCGCUCCGUGCAGCAGCCCUGUUUAUGUGCACAACCCACACCUGGAUGCACUGAAAGAAGACAUCCUCUACCACUUCAGUCUAGGAACUGAAACUCAUAGCCUACAAGAUAUGUUUGGUGAUGUCAAAUUUGUUUGUGUGGGUGGGAGUCCCUGGAGAAUGAAAGCAUUCACUGAGUACAUCGCAGCUGAGCUCGGUAUGGAAGACCCCAAAUCUGAGUAUCCAAAUAUCUGUGCUGGGACGGAUCGUUACGCCAUGUACAAAGUUGGCCCUGUCCUCUCUGUCAGUCACGGAAUGGGCAUCCCAUCUAUUGCCAUAAUGUUGCAUGAGCUAAUAAAGCUCCUCUAUCAUGCAAAGUGCACAGAUGUUACAAUUAUACGCAUUGGGACAUCAGGUGGAGUAGGACUUGAGCCUGGCACUGUUGUUGUCACCAAACAGUCUGUGGAUCCCACCUUUCAGCCCAGGUUUGAGCAGGUGAUCCUUGGGAAGACCGUGGUGCGCAAUACUGAUCUGGACCAAAGCCUGGCUGAGGACCUGCUGCAGUGCAGCAAGGAGCUAAACCAGUUUAAGACAGUUGUAGGCAACACCAUGUGCACGCUGGAUUUCUAUGAAGGGCAAGCCCGUUUGGAUGGCGCUUUCUGCUCCUACACUGAGGAGGACAAGCAAGACUACCUCAACAAAGCUCAGGAAGCAGGAGUUUGUAAUAUAGAGAUGGAGUCAUCAGUGUUUGCUGCUAUGUGUAAACUGAGUGGUCUACGAGCGGCUGUGGUUUGCGUCACGCUCCUGGAUCGGCUGAAGGGAGAUCAGCUGCGCAGCUCUCACGAAGUUCUUCACAGUUACCAGCAGCGUCCUCAGAUACUGGUCGGCUACUACAUUAAGAAGCAGCUGAAUGCCAAAGCGAAAGAUAGCUAAAUAAAUGCAAGCAUACAGUAAAUUUUUAUGAUCUUCUGUCUAGAAGCCAUACCUUUAAAUAUCUCCAAAAGACUUAAAUGAUGCCUUCUAUUUAUCCUUUAACACUGAUUUAGUUGAUACACUGCUAUAAAAACAUGCACCGCUACACUGUUGUUUUAUUUCGUAUUUCUCUUAAGUACACUUGAAUUGAUGUAGCACCCUUGUAUUUAAAGUGAGUUAAGUUCAUUAAAUAUGUGUCUUUGUUCUACUUGACAUGUAAAGUUUCAGAUCCGAAAACUUGAACCUGUAAGUCUAAACUUACAGUGGUGCCAUAACAAAAUGACCUUUUUACACCUAUUAUAAAAAAUACAUUUUUAAAAUAUUUUAUAGGUUUAGAUUUGUUAUUGAAAACUUAAUUGUGUAUGUGGAGAUUUUUUUUUACAUUUUUAUUGUCAUCCAGAUUGUAUUCAGUUUCUUCGACCUUUGUAUAUGUGCUCAGCAUUUCUUUCACAAUAUAAAAGCUGCAACAACACAACACUCCGCUUGAGAAAGAUUUCUGCUUUGUGUCAUAAAUAAAGCAAGCAAGUAAAGCUUUGUGCAGUCUGAAAUUUCACAACAUAUUAAGAAAAGAAUUCUUUAAGUAAGAGGCACUGCGGCACAAAUGAAAUGUGAAGUUUGUUAUAUGAUCUGUCAGUAUUUGCAGCUCUUGAAAAGCCUGGUGAAGUCAAGAUCAGCAUCCUGACCAAUAAACAA